AUGGGAGCAGUGAGGAGAACAAAGACGAAGCGCAGGACCAGAUUUUUCAGAGAUUAUGAUCAGGUCCGCGCGGAUGUGGAAAGCUCGAAGCACCUUGCACAGUAUAAGGCGACGAAAGACCCUGAAGACCUUCCCGGCCUAGGGAAACAUUAUUGCGUCGAAUGCGCCAAAUGGUUCGAGAGCGACUACAAUUUGGUCGCUCAUAGGAAGGGCAAAAACCACAAGAGAAGACUUCGUCUACUACGUGAAGAACCCCAUUCACAGAAGAUCGCUGAGGCUGCUGUAGGCCUGACGACAGACAAUGGCCCGCGCCGGGGGGAUAGCGACGAAAUGGCUAUGGAUAGCUAAUUCAUGACACUGUGAUAAAGGCCAGCUCGACGAACUCCGACAGACGUCCUGGGAAGGUAUUUAUAGAGUUUGAGCGUUGCUUCUCCUCUGCAAACUAGCUUGAUCGACUGGCAGCAAGCUAUCUACGCCAAUUCCUCCAAUUCAUGGUGAUGGGCAUGGGAAGUAUAGCACAGCUUUCAGGGCUUCAAGCUAAAAUGCGGGCUGCCUGAAAAAAAAUUUCAGCCAAUCACAUCGUCUUGUAUUUGAACAGACACGUGAGAACCCAAAGUGCCGAAGCCCGCCGGUUAUGCUCAAUCCCGCCGAGUCCACCCUCGGUUGCCCCUACGACAUCGCCGCUUAUCGGAAGUUGUACAUACAGGCCCCCACUUCUCCCUGACAUUGAAAUAAUGAAAUCCGUUUAC